UUUCUCUAUAAAAGGGGGAGAAAGCGGUUCCAGAGCCAUCACAGACUUGGAGGGGACAGUCUGUGACCAAGGCUGCUGCAUCCCCUCCUCUGCAUCUGACUCCCUGGUCAAGUAUGAAACUUGUCCUCUCUACUGUGCUGUCCUUCGGGAUAGUGGCUCUGUGUUUUGCUGCGGCUCCCAAGGCAACCGUCAGAUGGUGCACAAUAUCCUCACCUGAACAGAAGAAAUGCAAUGACCUAAAGGAGCGCAUGCAACAAGAGAGCUUUGGAUUGUCUUGUGUGCAGAAAACGACAUACAUGGACUGCAUAAUGGCCAUUGCGAGAAAUGAAACAGAUGCCAUUAGCUUGGAUGGUGGUCAAAUUUUUGAGGCAGGCCUUGGCCCCUACAAACUGAAGCCCAUUGCUGCUGAAGUCUAUGAAGGAACUCAAGGAUCCACAACCUACUACUAUGCUGUGGCUGUCGUGAAGAAAGGAACAGACUUCACAAUAAAUGACUUGAAAGGCAAGACUUCCUGCCACACAGGCCUGGGCAGGUCCGCUGGCUGGAAUAUUCCCAUUGGGACACUCAUCCGCCGGGGAGACAUCCCGUGGGAUGGCAUAGAUUCAGGCUCACUCGAGCAAGAGGUAGCCAAAUUUUUCUCUGCCAGCUGCGUGCCUGGUGCCAAUGAAAAAAAACUGUGCCGUCAGUGCAAGGGGGACGCUAAAACCAAAUGUGCCCAUGGAGGACCUUAUUAUGGAUAUUCUGGAGCUUUUCGUUGUCUGAAAGAUGGAAACGGAGAAGUAGCUUUUGUAAAACACACAACUGUUGAAGAAAACGCUGCAAAGGAGAAGGAUCAGUACGAGCUGCUGUGUUUGGAUGGCACCCGGCAGCCUGUGGACAACUAUAAAGCCUGCCACUGGGCCAGGGUCCCUGGUCAUGCUGUUGUGACUCGAGAUGAUGGCAAGGCUGAAGAAAUUUGGACUUUCCUCUCAAAAGCACAGGAAAAAUUUGGUGUUGGCACAACCAGUGACUUCCAUCUCUUUGGGACACCUGAUAAGAAGGACCCACACCUCAAAGACUUGCUUUUUAAAGACUCUGCUAUAAAGUUGAAGAAAAUCCCACAACUGAUGGAUUCCCAGCUCUAUCUAGGCUUUGAGUAUUACAGCGCCAUUCAGAACCUCAGGAAAGAUGUGAUGACUUCUACUCCCAGGAAAAACAAGGUACAGUGGUGCGCAGUGGGUAAGGAGGAGAAGAGCAAGUGUGACCGCUGGAGCGUGGUGAGCAAUGGGGAGGUGGAGUGUGCCGUGGGAGACAACACGAAGGACUGCAUUAUUAAGAUCAUGAAAGGUGAAGCAGAUGCUAUUAGCCUAGAUGGAGGUUUUGUCUACACAGCCGGUGUGUGUGGCCUGGUGCCAGUGAUGGGAGAAAACUAUGAGGAUGAAACUUCAUGCAGCAAAGUAGGACAACCAGCAUCUUACUUUGCUGUGGCUGUUGUGAAGAAAUCCGACAGGGAUAUCACAUGGGACAAUCUGCAGGGCAAGAAAUCAUGCCAUACAGCUGUUGGGAGAACUGCUGGCUGGAACAUUCCCAUGGGCUUGAUUCACAACAGAACUGGGAGCUGCAAUUUCGAUGAAUACUUCAGAGAGGGCUGUGCUCCUGGAUCUCCUUCUGGCUCCCGACUUUGCAAACUGUGCCAGGGAUCAGGCAGGAUCCCGUCAGAGAAGUGUGUCGCCAACAGCCAUGAGAGAUACUAUGGAUAUACUGGAGCUUUACGGUGCCUAGUUGAGCAGGGGGAUGUAGCCUUUAUUAAGCAUUCAAUCGUCGAGGAAAACACUAAUGGCAAAAAUAAAGAAGAGUGGGCCAAAAAUUUGAAAAUGGACCAAUUUGAGUUGCUGUGCACUAAUGGGCGACGGGCAAAUAUCAUGGAUUACAGUUCCUGCCACCUGGCAAAAGUUCCUGCCCAUGCUGUGAUCUCACGUCCUGAGAAAGCAAGUAAAAUCCGUGAGCUGCUGGAGAGACAAGAGAAAUUAUUUGGAGAAAAAGGAACUGAUAAAGAGAGGUUCACGAUGUUUAAGUCUCACACCAAGGAUCUUCUGUUUAAAGAUUUGACCAAGUGUCUGGUUAAACUCCGUGAAGGAAUAACGUACAAGGAAUUCCUGGGAGAUCAAUACUACGCUUCAGUUGCUAGUCUCAAUACAUGCAAUCCAUCAGAUCUCCUCCAGAUGUGCACCUUCCUUGAGGUUAAAGAGCUCUAUCAGGAGUUCUGCAAGGUCUCUUUUCACGGCCUUGCUGUGCAUUUAAUACAGACUCCUGUGCUCCGACCCCAGCCCAGGCCCAGGCAAGUGGCCGCCGGCCCCGCCCACUUCGCCUCCUCGGCGGACGUGGGGCUGCCCCUGGACGUGUGUCGCGACAGGGCCGGGGGGCGGCCACGAGGGCCGAGUCUGCGGCCGCAGCCGCCGGGGCCUGGCUCCCCCACCCGCCACCACCGGGCGCGGUCAGGCCGAGGCACUACAAUUCCCAUGGGGCUCCGCGCGGGCCUACAGCCCCCGGCAGGCCGUGCGCCGGCGGGGGGGGCGGGCUGCGCUUCCCAGGAGGCGGCGGGAGCGGAAGCGGAGACGGAAGUGGCGCGACGCGACGCGACGGGGCCACGUGUGCGGGCAGCCAUGGCGGCCGGUGGGAUGGAGCGGUACCUGGACUCGCUGCGGCGGGAGCUGCGGGCCCCCGAUCCCGCCGUCCUCUCCGUCCUCCUGGCGCUGCUCGUCGUGGCCCUCACGCUGCUGAUCUGGAGGUUUAUCCAGGGCAGGAAGAGCAGCCGGAAGGCAGUGCUGCUGCUGGGCCUGUGCGAUGCGGGGAAGACGCUGCUUUUCGCCAGGCUGUUGACAGGCAAGUACCGAGAUACCCAGACUUCUAUAACCGAUAGCUCUGCUGUUUAUAGAGUCAGCAAUGACAAGAGUGCUAAUGUGACCUUGAUCGACCUCCCAGGCCACAAGAGUUUACGGCUUCAGUUCUUGGAGAGGUUCAAGGCUGCAGCCAGAGCAAUCGUGUUUGUGGUGGACAGUGUGGCGUUCCAGCGGGAGGUGAAGGACGUGGCAGAGUUCCUGUACCAGCUCCUGGUUGAUAGCACCGUGCUCAAAAAUGCACCUGCAUUGCUGAUUGCUUGCAAUAAGCAAGAUGUCACAAUGGCAAAAUCAGCAAAGCUUAUUCAACAGCAGCUGGAGAAAGAGCUCAACACCUUACGAGUGACCCGCUCUGCAGCCCCCACCAGUCUGGAUGGCUCAGCUGCUGGGGGCCCCACUCAGCUAGGGAAGAAGGGCAAGGAUUUUGACUUCUCCCAGCUGCCCAUGAAGGUGGAGUUCGUGGAGUGCAGCGCCCGGGGCAGCAAGGGAGAGGAUGGAGAUGCCGACUUUGAGGGCCUUGAGAAAUGGCUGGCCAAGAUCGUCUGAGUGGAGGAAGGCAGGGCCACACAAAGAGAGAGAGAGAGGUGGGGGGUGGGACGCUUGGGGAUUGAAAGGAACAGGAUGGGUUUGAAGUACUCAAAUCUCAUCUUACAGUAGAGGAAAUGUAAGCUAGAAACCAGUGCUGCAGUGUCCGCCUCUGUUGCUCAUGGGCUUAGGAGCAGUGUAGUAUAAUUGCUGAUGUGAUUUCCUCUCACUGUCUCCGUUACGCUGCAACCUUGUUUUCCUCUCCUCUCUUUCUGUGGGAUCUGGCCGUCUGGACUUCUUUGAUCCUUCGAAAUCUUUGGGCUUUUAGUUUGACAGCUGUGAGGCAAAUUAGGAAGGAGUGCACUGCCCAAGGAGUCUUUUGGAGAUUGGUCUGUGUGUCCUCUUCUGCCUCAGUUUAGCAUUGCAACCCUGUUACCUCUCGGAGCUAUUGAUGGCUGACUGGUUCUGACCUGGUUCUGACUUCUCUCCCCAGCCUCUUGCUGGCUGGGAGUACUGUGCAUAUAUCAUCUGUGCUGUCCUGGCAAAGUGCACAGAGCAACUUUCUGCUGGGCAAGCAUUGAGGAGAGUAUAAAAGCUGAAGCUGUUUUUUCCCUGCAUCUCUUCCCCCUUUGUUCUUCUAAACUGGAGCAGUUAUAUGCCAAAAGCAGGCUGGCUCAUGUGCCUCUUUCACUGUCCACUGCCUGUUUCUGGCUGCCGUGCCUGUAUCUUUAGGUGAUUUCUGUUGUUGGACAGUUCUUGAGAACCUUUUAUUAACUCGGGGCUCUAAGUCCUGAAAGUCUGUUUCACUCUGUUCCUCUUUCCCUCCCAUAGGUUAGGCUCUGCCCCCGCAGACAUAUAUGCACACUUUUCCAAGUGCAGAGUUACAGUAGAUGUUUUAGCUUAGAAUGAAGGUGCAUUUGUAUUUAGAUACAUAGUUGCACCGUGAGUGAGAUCUGUCAUGAUAGAGACUUGCUGUGCAGUCACCGCAGCAGGAGACAGGCAGCGAUUGUAGUAGAGACCCUUUUUGUGUGUGAUUAGUCAGCAAUUGUGGCAAAGUGAGAGGGAAAGUCAAGGAGCUGCUUGCAAGGGAGAUUCCUCCUUCUGAGGAAGAUGCUCACUGAGGAGGAGGAAGGUGAGUUUUCCCAGUGUAUUCUUGUUUGGGAGGUUUAAAGCCAAAGCUGCUGCUGCUGUCCAUGUGAUCUCAGCUGUUAAUCUUGCAGGGAACAUUCAGGGAAUGCUUGUUGUUCUAGCUGGGACAGUGGCGCAUGUGGGCUGCUCUGAGGCUGGGUGGAGUGAUAGAGGGGUCUGAUUCAGCAUGCUUUAGACCUUCUAAACUUUCCAAAGGUCUUUCCCUCUCCCCCUUCCCAUGUUUUGUCAGGGGUGUUGUCUAUGCAGAGGGAGAUCUUGCAGCAGCACUGGUGCUGUUCAGGUGGAGUCAAGACCCUGACACGGAGCUGGGCUGAGCAUUCAGCUUCCCCUUCCUGAACAACAGCCUGAAAACAGAGGUGUUUGGAAUCAACCUGCCCAGGAGCUUUGUGCCCUGAUGGAGUGUCAUCUCUGUACAGCACCUAUGUGAGGAUGAUUGCUUUUCAGGGGGUGGUGCUGGGAACUGCAAAGUCCUCCUACACAGAAGUUUGUCCUCCAUCUUUGUUACAUCCCCUUUUAUUUGGGGCAGGAGGGAGUUUAUGGCUGUUUUUCUGUCUCUGGUUUGACGCUUCAUCACUCAAAACUGAUGUAUUUUACUCUUUUCCUUUCCUUCUGGGCAUCCUCUACCUUCCUUUAGCAUUGCCAAGUGUUAGUUGUGAUGGGGAAAGCAUGUCUUCUGCAAACCCAUGCUCAUGAUGGAGCUGGGUUUUGCAUUUCCAACCUUGUGAACUGCAUGGCUGCUCUUCAGGUGCAACUGGCUCAUUCUUCAGCAGCUGAGAGAAUCUUAUGUUUUGGGAGUGCUUGAGAGUAGCCCUGGGCAAGGGGCCCUGCCCUCCUGUAUUAGGAAGGCUGGAGGCUGAUUGAUCACCAGGAGCAGAGCUGAGGCAGAUGCUCUGAUCAAGCCCGAAGGCACCUUAUCCUUAUGGGAGGUUGGGAGGGGAGGGGGUUAUAUUUAUGAGGAAUGCUACAUGCUUAUUUCCUGCAGCCAGAGAGUUGUUGGAACAUGUUUGUCAGGCUUUGAACUCAGUUAACUGGAGCCCCUUCCUGGGCCUUCUCAUUUGAAUCCAUAAUGCUGAAACAAGAAUAUUGCUAUCUCUUUGGGUUGUUACUGUUUGCAAAGACCUGCCUCCUUGAAAAGUACAGGCCUUUGGUAGGGUGAGGUUGAACAAGGCCAUGUUUGUUUAAGUUAUUCUUAAUUAAAGUUAUUCCUUAAAUAAAAACAUUUGGCUAAAA